UAUUUUGGGGAAGCUGCAGUAGUCAGUGAUACGUCGGUGCAAGCUGAUGAUUUCGUAUAAAAAUCACAGCAUUAAAAUUAUUAUAAGUUUUAACGUUCGAUUAUGUAUGUAUGUGUAUAUAGUGUUACCUUUAGUUAUUAGUUAAACAUGUCACUUUUGCUGGUAACUCUCUUGGCCUGCUCUGCCGUCGUGACUCAUGGGAAAGCUGGUUACGGGCCGGGAGAGCAGGAUUGGGGCUACGUGGACGUGCGUCCCGGAGCUCACAUGUUCUACUGGCUUUACUACACCACCGCCAAUGUUUCAAGUUACACGGAGCGACCACUGGCCAUUUGGCUACAAGAAGGUCCUGGAACAUCUUCCACUGGAUUUGGUAAUUUUAAAGAACUCGGACCCCUAGAUUUGAAGGGUAAUGAGCGCAACUGGACCUGGGUUAAGGAUAUGAAUGUCCUGUUCAUCGACAGUCCUGUGGGCUCUGGUUUUAGCUAUGUGGAUAACGCAACCCUAUACACCACCACCAAUAAGGAGAUAGCUCUUGAUCUAGUGGAGAUGAUGAAGGGCUUCUACAAACUGCAUCCUGAAUUCGAGACAGUGCCGUUGCACAUCUUUUCCCAGAGCUACGGAGGAAAGGCCGCUGCAGAAUUUGCCUUGGAGCUUUACUAUGCCAAGGAGCGAGGGGAGCUAAGAAGUAAUAUUACAUCGGUGGAGCUUGGAAGUCCUUGGGUCUCCCCGAUCGACUCAAUCCUAGCCUGGGGACCACUGCUACGGGAGUUGGGCAUUGUGGACCAAGAUGGAUUCGAUGCCAUCAUGUAUUCAGCAAAAACCACAGCUCAGCUGGUGAAGCAAGACAACUGGAUCCAGGCCGCCAUUCAGUGCCUACACACUCAGGAGGAGGUGCGAAAGGCCUCCGAAGGUGUUGACUUCUACAACACAAUGAAGAAAACAAAUUUGCCAGAGGAUCCCGAAGAGGAGGAUGCUGAAGUACCCUUAAUGAAGGGUCCUGUUUCCAAGAUCCUGGGAAUCCCCGAGGCGGUGGUUUAUGACUUACAGAGUGAUGCAGUCUUUUAUAACCAAAGGGCUGACUUCAUGAAACCGGUCAUUCACAUAGUGAACGAAUUGCUGGAGAAGACUCCGCUGAAGGUGAGCGUAGCCACUGGUAAUCUGGACCUGAUUUGCGCCACUCCUGGCAACGUUAAUUGGAUAGCCAAGCUGGAGUGGAGCGGAAAGAGGGAGUAUCUGUGGGCGCCUCGAACCACCAUCAACGUAGAUGGUAUCUUGGAGGGCUACCAGAAGACUGGCGGAAACUUCACCCUGUUCUGGAUCAACCGCAGUGGCCACUCCAUUCCGGCAGAUAAUCCUGCAGCCAUGAGCCACGUCCUGCGGCAGAUAACUUCUGUCGGCUAGAUU